AUGGCUGCAAAGCGAGCGCGACUUGAUAAUGUCCUGUGUGGGGGUGAUGAGCAGGCAGCUGUUGAGGCUGAUGAUCACAAGCCUGAGGGCCAAGAUGAACCUGGUGGUGGGGUCGACAUGUCAGAUGUUGAUGAGGAGAUGGAUGACGGUGGUGGAGAUGAUGCUGGUGAGCAGACGGCGCCGGAGAACCCGUUUGGUGGCACGAGCGACGAAGCUGCAAUAACAAGGGCUUGCAGAGAUCUUCGCUGCCCGGACUUUUACCUCAUUGCAUAUCCCAGUGUCGAUGACAACCUGCAGUGUCAGUGGUCUACCAAGCAACUAACGAAACUUCUUUGCCCUGGAGACGUCCCAGAUGACAAGCUGCGUAAAUUCUGGAACAAGAAUGAGAAAGUGAUUCUGGAUUCGCAUGCCGAGAUCUGGCACCGUGCCGAUAGAGAUGAAGAUGCCGACAUCAUCAGAAUUUCCGCUUCGCCUACUCGUCGCUCCCGGAUCUUGGGAUCAUAUCGAGAGGCAGUGGAAUCAGGAACUUCAGAUAGCCAAGUUUGUUGCCCCGUGGUAGCACAAAUGCCUGCAUUUCAUGACGAUUGCCUGGAUGAGAUCACGACGGAAGCACCUGACAAGACUCGGACGAAGACUGCUUCCGGGAAACAGGCAAGGUUGUCCCUGAGUAUGACCCGUCGUUUCGAGAUUGUAAAGAUGGUGCGGGAUGGAAAGAAGUUUACACUCGCUGCCGCUUUGGAUCAUUUUCGCGUGCCGUCAGUGAGCAUUUGCUGGUUGGCAUUUUGGGACAUGGACUACGACUGGAGCACGCUGCAGCGCGCGUUUUCUGGAAUCAAGCAGGCAUGGUACGCUACCCAGCAGCUGGUGCCGGACACUGUCCUCUCUGUUCCUCGAUGGCACAAGGAGUCAUGGUUGUCAAAGGCUUCCUCGGCCAGUAGCUGCUGCACUGGUGCCGGCACAGCAGAGAUGUCCAGGGCAGUGUUGGAGAUGAUAGUCAAUGCCUCAGGGGCAGUGGACAUGCAGAUUUCUACGGUGGCCACAUGGGCGACAACUGCUUGGGUGCCGCAGGCAGACAAUGUGCGCCGGGCGGAAGGCCCCACCAACGCCGUGUUUCUCGCACACGGACGCAUGCACGGGGAGCUGCAGACACCACUUCUGCUGUUGGAGAAUGUGCAGGGCCUUGACAUGCAGAUGGUGCAGCAGACGCACCCCGACUACGAGUGGUACCAGAUCUUCACGGAGCCCGGGGAGCUAGGCUUUGCAGCGACAUCCCGAGCACGCACCUACGUGAUAGGGGCCCACAAGUACAAAACUGUGUGCCUGCACGACCCUUUCGAGUUACAUGAUGCGAUCAAGAACAGAAUGGCCGAGUAUGCCCAGACGACGGUGAGUGACUACUUAGUGGCUACUGAGCAGGAGAUCAUCAUGGAGGCACAAGACACCGGCCGCACACGCAAGGUGGUGCAUCGACCAGGCGUCCAGGACUACAGUUACUACUUGACUCAGAGGGAACUCCAUAGCAAAGCCGUCUUGGACAACAAGUACAGGCAAAGGUUCAACAGUGAGCCCGAGACGAACCCCAACUUGGUCUACAAUUUGGGCGACAACGCCGAGUGGAACACGUCAUGGAGUGCAUGCAGUGGUGCCUUGCCCACGUUUAGGCUGGGGUCUUCGACGGCAAAGUUCUGGCUGCCGAAAUACAGAAGGUGGCUAACCUGCCGAGAGAAGCUUGUUGCCAUGGGCUUCCCGGUCACGACCGAAUGCGCCGAAGCACUAGGCACACCCAUUGUGUUCGUUUCGGAUGUCAGGCGUGCCGCUGAUAUCCUGGGAAACUGUAUGCACUUCACGACGGCGGGGGUCAUGCAGCUCAUAGCGCUGUCCUGCUUCGGGCCUGCUGAGCUUGAACCGUGGGGCCCGAGUCCUGUACAGGCUAGGGUGACUUGGACUGUAGGCUUCGUUGCUCCAAUGUCGCCGCUGAGUGAUUUCUUUAACACGUGGCCCGAUGGAACUCGGAUGGAUGACGACAACGUGUCAAUGCGAUCUGAAGUUGCCCCUCCCGCUGCGACCUCUAAAGCCAGGCGAAGCAACAGUGCAGCGCAGCUUGAAGGUGAGCCUUCGGAGCCCAAGCGUCGUCGGGCAAGUGCUCUGCGGCCCAGUACAGCUGCCCCGGCAGGGGGCGGCGCAGCGCCAGCAGCAGCACCCAAUCCUUCGCCGGUUGUGGGUGCGCAGCAGCAGCCAGCUUUGUGGCGUUUGGUUGCGGACUCGACGCUCAGGGAAUAUAUGGAGGCAGCCGAACCUGUCAAAGCUGGGAGAUCCUUUACGAACAAGAUGGGCUCGAAGGUCGUCCGCUUGGCUUUCUAUGGCAUGUUUCGCAAACUGCCAACAGAUGCUACGGACUCGGGGGACAAGCGCACUCAGAUCACUCAGCUCAAGAACGAGUACUUGCGUUUGGGGCAGCCGAUGCAGGACUGUACGCUGCUGGACUUGGUGCGACGGGUGGAGAUCGAGUUCAGCAAGAACAAGGUCUUCGAGGUAGGCCGAGGCGCGAGAAGUUGGGAGGGUUUCAAGUUUUAG